AUGAGUGAAUGUUUGAAAUAUCAAAAGCCAAAUAAAGAUUGCAUGAUAUAUGCAAUUAUUUCACACAACAUUGAUUUUGUUACUUUCUUAAUGAACGAAUACAAUAUCCAGAUCGAUUUAGAUUAUUGCGGAAUCUAUAAUAAUCUUGAAUCAUUUUUAGUUUAUUUCGAUCAAACUAAUGAUAUUAACCAAUGCUUUGUUUAUUCAAUAAUGUUUAAUGUUCCAUCCCUUUUCGAAUAUUUCCUUUCACAUGGUGCAAAUAUCAAUGAUAAAAACAAAUAUGGACGAACUGCUCUUCAUAUUGCAGCAUCUGAUAAUAGUAAAGAAACUGCCGAAGUUCUUAUAUCACAUGGUGCAAAUAUCAAUGAAAAAGAUGAAAAUGGACGAACUGCUCUUCAUAUUGCAUCAGAUUAUAAUAGAAAAGAAACUGCCGAAGUUCUUAUAUCACAUGGUGCAAAUAUCAAUGAAAAUGAUGAAAAUGGAAACGCCGCUCUUCAUAUUGCAUCAGAAUAUAAUAGUAAAGAAACUGCCGAAGUUCUUAUAUCACAUGGUGCAAAUAUCAAUGAAAAAGAUGAAAAUGGACGAACUGCUCUUCAUAUUGCAUCAGAUUAUAAUAGAAAAGAAACUGCCGAAGUUCUUAUAUCACAUGGUGCAAAUAUCAAUGAAAAUGAUGAAAAUGGAAACGCCGCUCUUCAUAUUGCAUCAGAAUAUAAUAGUAAAGAAACUGCCGAAGUUCUUAUAUCACAUGGUGCAAAUAUCAAUGAAAAAGAUGAAAAUGGACGAACUGCUCUUCAUAUUGCAUCAGAUUAUAAUAGAAAAGAAACUGCCGAACUUCUUAUUUCACAUUGUGCAAAAAAAUAA